GGAAAGCGGGGCAAAAUGGGCAUGUGGGGCAAAAUGGGCACCCUCUAUUUAAGCAUUAUUUGACUACAAAAAUACUUUCCAAUGCUCAAAAUGUAUUCAUUAGAGUGUUCUAUGAACACCAUGUAAGUUUCAUAACUCUAACACAACAAAUAACCAAGAAAAGUGCAAAAUAAGGUUUAGUAGCAUAUUGAUGUAAUUUUUGUCACUUCGAAAAUAAGCUUAACCCAGUGUCACAGGGAUGCGUUGAAGUUUUACAUUAUAUAUUAUUAAAGAUAUGAUAUUUCUAUACAAUUUGUCUGAAGAAAGCAAGGCGAUCGAAUGCGUAUUUUUACUAAUAUCACAUAAAAUACAAAAAUGCUUCACGUGGGGCAAAAUGGGCAGUUACGCUUGGGGCAAAAUGGGCAGAUACUUUUGACAAAUGGCGUUUGGUGAGGCUAUGGUGUUGUAUUUGUCGCCUCAAUAAUGAUAACAGACACAGCUUCAAAAGAAUCGAUUUUGUAGAUUUAAACGUGUAAAAACUGUUUUAAUUUUGAUAACAUAUUUUUGGAAGAAUUUUAAGGGCUUUUCUGACCAGCAAAACAAAAGAUAGAACGAAAAUACAUUUCACGACACGUGCGCAAAAGCAUAGACCAUUACCUAAGCGCAGUUGUUGUGGCCCAUUUUGCCCCAGUGUUUUGACGUUUCACAGUUUGUUUACAUAUGCCCAUUUUGCCCCAGGGCUAUGCCCAUUUUACCCCGCGUGUCAAAAAUGCUUCUCGUAAAACAUCAACUUUUAUUUUACAUUAUUUACAUGUUUUUAUGUUGUUUUCAUUCUAUGUGGCAAUUUAAAUCCAUAGAUAAAUGGUGGAAGCAUGCAAUAAUGAAAGAAAAAUUGUGUUUUAUGGCAUAUUCAAAGGAAUAUUCAGUAAACUGCUUAACAUGCCCAUUUUGCCCCGCUUUCCCCUACAUAUAAUGUGUUUUAUGUUUAUAUAGUUUAAUAUGCGGCUAGCUAAUUUCGCUGCCGUGGUUAGCAUACCGGACAUGCAGAUUAUGGGGUUGCGGACGCCAAACGAAAUCCGGGGUGCAAUAACCGGAAUCGCACGUGUACAUCUUGGCUUGUACGUCGUGGCUUUGUGAUGAGCGGGUCGAUCCGAACUUACCGGGUCAGUGUCAUCCGUAAGUGACCAGUAGUCGUUCGGGUCGACCCGAAAGGUACAAGUAGGUAAAGUAGGCCCAAGCACCGGGUCGGAAAUGAUUAUACUUUUACGUACCUACUGAUUAUUCGGGUUGACCCAAACUCGCUGCACCCACAGGUCGAAUUUCAUUCCUAAAGUGAUCUAGCAACCCUUAUUGCAACCAUGGUUCGGGAUCGAUUCCGUGAGACUCCGGAUCGUAUCGUAAAAUUAAUCGUAUGACCCACCCCAAGUAUAGCUGAACCCACGAGAGCAGUAAAGGACAGUUAACACUUUUGUUUGAAACCCGGAAAUAAAUGCCCGCCUGGCUGGAGGAAUUCAAGCGAGACCACCAUACAAUGCAUGCAUAAAUUAUAUUAUGACAUAACAUAAACGAUAAAAUUUUAUUAUGAGCGUGAUUAUUACAAUCUAAAUUAAUAAUUUAAUUAAUUAAUUAAUUAAUUAAUUAAGCCUGUCUCGUGGUACAGUCGUCAACUCGUACGAAUUAACAACAUGCUCGUCAUGGGUUCAAGCCCCAAAUAGACCGUGCCGCCAUACGUAACACUGACAAUCCUGCUAUGGGGGGUUAUUCAAAAGUCACUGAAAGCCAACACGACAAGUGGUACAGCCAGGCCUUGAUCGACACCGGUUGUUGAGUCAAAAGAAAAAAAAAUAGUUCGAUCUGGACCAGUCAUAUGGUUAACUUUUAAUAAAUAAUUUGAAAUUUAACAAACCCUGUUUUCCAUACAAACGCAUGCUUUUAAAUUGAACUGUCAACCAAGUAUCAAGUGUUCAAUUAAAAAGCAUGCCAACGAAUAAGCGUUGAACUACAGUCAGAAUUCAAUAGUUUGUAUCAGAAUACCGGUUUUUUUUUAAUUUCACAAAAAUCUCAUGGCCUGCCGAGAAAAAUUUCAUUUUUUUGUAUGGAAAAACGUGCCGACUAAAAAGCACAUACUCAAUAGUUGGCAUGGAAUCGAAGUUCAACCAAUGAGGUCAGAUUGUUCUGUUAUUUUGUUCUUUUGAUCAAAUAGCCAUUGCCCAAGAGAAAUGUAAUAAUAAUUUUCUUUACCUGUGUAUCUGCAUAAUGGUAUUGCUAAAAAUCAAAGUAUUACCCUGGUUUAUAUAAGGAUUCAAUGGGUAAAUAUCUAAACAUUACACCUGCUAGUGUUUAUCCUGUUACAUAAGUACCUUAAAAUAAAUGUACUAAAUAGUCCGUUACAUAAGAAAAUAGAAAAUCCUACCUCUUUUCUGUCUUAUAAAAACCCGCGCAAUUUUUGUUUGUGUCAAUACGAUUCGGGCAGUCGUUUCACUCGGUGUUGUUAUGCGUGCUCUGUACAGUUAUAAAUUUUGUGCAAUACUGUUAUAAUACAAGUGCAGAAUAAUACAAGUGUAUAUUUUAAAUAUUCAACGUGCCGUGAAUUUCACUCAAUCACGACAAUGUCGGCCAAAGACAAGCGCAAGUCAGGAUCCACGUAUAGAUCCAUAGAAGCCAAUAAUAAAAAGCUUGAUGCUGAAUUGUUUGGAGAAAGUAGUGAAGCUGGGCCAAGUAAUAUUCAGACAGCUACGUCAAAUGUAGAGUUCAGUGAACACCCGCAUUGUGAGAACCAUCCUUGUCCAUUUGAUGAAUACAUCUUGCAAGAAGAAUACGUCAGUGAUUGGGUUACUAUCGAUGCAUUCGACGAUAUGGAAGUAUAUGAAGAGGUCAACGAAGAUUACGAUGAAGCUGAGGAAACUAUACACAGUACACAAGAGUCUCAACACGAGGAGGAACCAUUUGAUGAGCUUAUUCGAAAUUGAUCAUUAAAAACAUACCAAACACAUCAAGCGCUAAAUGGACUAUUAGAAAUUUUACGUAAAAAAAACGGACUACCAACUGCCGAAAGAUGCUCGCACGUUGCUUAAGACAAGGCAAUGUGGAAAAGAAACGUACCCUAUAGCAGGGGGAGAAUUUUGGUUCACUGGGGUACGAUCGGUUCUCAAGGAUCACUUUCGCGAUGUACCACCAAGAGUCAGCAAAUUUUCGUUGAACUUUUCGAUUGAUGGACUUCCACUGCACAAGAGCACUCGAAAACAGUUUUGGCCCAUAUUAAUGAGCAUUCAAGAAAUGCCGGAAGUUCCAGUAUUGAUGGUUGGCAACUUUUUUGGUGAAUCGAAACCAAAGAGUGUUGAGGAAUAUCUGCGUCCGCUAGUCGACGAGCUAAAUGGGUUGAUGGAUAAUGGCAUUGUAAUAGCCAAUAAGCCAAUCGAAAUACACGUUAGAGCUUUCAUCGCGGACUCACCAGCACGAGCAUUCAUAAAAGGUAAAUUAUAAAUGAUUAUUUCUGCGCGUUCCUUGCAUUGGUUGUACGAUGGAAAGUAUGUCCAUCGUAUAAACCAAAAUUUGUGCGUUACGAGCAUCUAACCUAAUGAGCGUAUUCCGGCAGCGCACGCAACAAUUAUGUCCAUGGCACUCGGAGGGCAAUGGCAUACUUGGGGAAUCCAAACUCCCUGCAACUGUGUCACGCAAAAGCACAGCUGAAGCCAACGGUUGCUGUCGCCCGACAAUACCAGUCGGUUCUGGUUGUGCAGCAGACACCGUCGGCUCGUUCUCGUUAAAACAAGCCGAUGUGUUUUGCAAUUGUGAAUCAGCCGCAUCAACACUCAUAUCAUCUGACACGAGUGAGUCGAGCAGCUGUGCCACAACUGCAUCAUCACCACCGGAAGCCGCCGCUUGCAACGACGAAUGGGCAGUUGAGCUCGGCUGCAGCUCCCCGAUGCGCCGAGCGAUUCCGGGCGGUCGAGCCGCAACAGCAACACGACCACCAGCAGCCGCUUGCACCGUUGAACGUGCAGCCGAACUCGGCUGUUGUCCGUCGUUGCGUCGAGCGAUACCGGGUGGCCGUGUCACACUAGCAACUCCACCACCGGAAGCCGCUGGCAACGACGAAUGGACAGCUGAACUCGGCUGUUGUCCUUCGAUGAGUCGAACGGUACCGUGUGGCCGUGUCACAACAGCAACACCACCACCAGAAGCCGCUUGCACCGUUGAACAUCUAGCUGAGUUCGGCUGUUGUCCGUCGUUGCGCCGAGCGAUUCCGGGCGGCCGUGCCGCAACAGCAACACGACCACCUGCAGCCGCUUGCACCGUUGAACGUGCAGCCGAACUCGGCUGUUGUCCGUCGUUGCGCCGAGCGAUUCCGGGCGGCCGUGCCCCAACAGCAACACCACCACCAGAAGCCGCUUGCACCGUUGAACAUCUAGCUGAGUUCGGCUGUAGUCCGUCGUUGCGCCGAGCGAUACCGGGCGGCUGUGUCACACUAGCAACACCACCACCAGAAACCGCUUGCACCGUUGAACGUGCAGCUGAACUCGGCUGUUGUCCGUCGAUGCGUCGAACGGUACCGGGCGGCCGUGCACCAACAACAACACUUCCACCGGCAGCCGCUUGCAACGACGAAUAGGCAGCUGAACUCGGCUGCAGAUCACCGAUGUGUCGAGCGAUUCCGGGCGGCCGUGCCCCAACAGCAACGCCACCACCAGAAGCCGCUUGCACCGUUGAACAUGCAGCUGAACUCGGCUGUUGUCCGUCGAUGCGUCGAACGGUACCGGGCGGCCGUGCACCAACAACAACACUUCCACCGGCAGCCGCUUGCAACGACGAAUAGGCAGCUGAACUUGGCUGCAGAUCACCGAUGUGUCGAGCGAUUCCGGGCGGCCGUGCCCCAACAGCAACGCCACCACCAGAAGCCGCUUGCACCGUUGAACGUGCAGCUGAACUCGGCUGUUGUCCGUCGAUGCGCCGAACGGUACCGGGCGGCUGUGUCACACUAGCAACACCACCACCAGAAACCGCUUGCACCGUUGAACGUGCAGCUGAACUCGGCUGUAGUCCGUCGUUGCGUCGAGCGAUACCGGGUGGCCGUGUCACAGUAGCAACGCCACCACCAGAAACCGCUUGCAUCGGCGAAUAUACAACUGAACUCGGCUGCUGGUCCCCAAUGCGUCGAACAGUUCCGGACGGCAGUGUCACAACAGUAACACCACCACCAGCAGCUACUUGCAACGGCGAAUAUGCUACUGAAGUCGGUUGCUGCUCACCAAGGCGUCGGACGAUUUCAAACGGCAGUGUCACAACCGUAUCACAUCCACCAGCAGUCGCUUGCACCGUUGGACUUGCAGCCGUACUCGGCUGUUGUCCAUCGUUGCGUUGCUCUGUUCCGGUUGGCCGUGUCACAAGAGCAACACUACCACCGAAUGCAGCCGACACCGUUGAUGAAGCAGAUGCCGUGGCUAGUUGUCCCUCUUCAAAACGCGUAACUGCUCGCACAUCUAUACAAGCCGGGAUCCGGCCUAAACAAAACAACAGUUCAUCCCGGUCUCCUUCAACUAGACGCGCUUCGUUCCCCGGUGAAGACAUGAUGUUUUUGCUGCACAUAAACACAAAAAGGUAUUAAUUUUAUGGUUGUUUAACUUUUUAUCACAAUAACUUACACUUUCUAUCUUUUUAUUUCAGUAAUACCCUGUAAACUGUAACAUAUAUCGAUUUAUAACACUGUCCUAAUGCUGUUGUAAACGUUUUGAAGCCGGUUUUGUGAAUGAUGCGCUGUCAGCCUAAUAAAAAAUGGAUGUGUAAAAAUGA